UGGAAGUUUCGGAGAAUUAUGAGCUGGACGCGAAGGCUGGUAGGUGAGGACAAGAGGAAUCCCAUCCCUGGUAGGGUGGCGGGAUGAUAGGGUAAGAGCAGAUAUCUGUGAAAUGGAUGAGAUGCGGUUGAGGGUAGCAUGGAUGGUGGAGGAAGGGAAGCCCCUUUCUUUGAAAAAGGAAGACAUAUCCUUCAUUCUAGAAUGAAAAGCCUCAGAUGCGACAGAGACGGAGAAAUUGAGAAAAGUGGAUGGUGUAGUAGGGUGGGACAAGGUGUAGUCAAGGUAGCUGUGAGAGUCUGUGGGUUUGCAGUAGACAUCAAUGGAUACGCUGUCUCCGGAGAUAGGGACAGUAAGAUCGAGAAAGGGGAGGGAGGUGUCAGAAAUGGACCAGGUAAAUUUGAGAGCAGAGCUGAAGUUGAAGGCAAAGUGGAUGAAGUCGACGAGUUCAGCGUGGAUGCAGGAAGCAGCACCAAUGUGGCAUGGGAAAAGUGUGGGAUGGUCACCAAUGUAGGCUUGGGACAUAGACUGUUUCACAUAGCCAACAAAUAGACAGGCAUUGCAAGGACCCAUGCGAGUGCCCAUGGCUACACCUUUUGUUUGAAGGAAGUGGGAGAACCCAAAGGAGAAAUUAUUGAGAGUGAGAGCGACUUCCGCUAGGCAAAGGAGAGUGGUGGUGGAACAGAAAUGGUUCAGUCUGGUAUCUAGGAAAAAAAAACGGAGAGCUUUGAGGCCUUCCUCGUGGGGGAUGGAGGUGAUUAGGGACUGGACAACCAUAAUAAAAAUGAGAUGAUGGGGGUCCUGGAACUUGAAAUCCUUGAAAAGAUCAAGAGCGUUUGAGGUGUCACAGAUGAAGCUAGGGAGGGUCAGAACCAGGGGGGAUAAAACAGUCGAGGUAAGCCAAUAGGAGUUCAGUGGGGCAGGAACAAGCUUAAAUAAUGGGUCUAUCUAGACAAGCGUGUUUAUGGAUCUUGGGUAGGAGGUAGAAAAAGGAGAUGCGGGCUGCGGGAACUAUGAGGUUGGUGGCGGUGGAUGGGAGACCCCCAGAGUCAAUAAGGUUGGUGAUGGCGUGGGCUACAAUGGCUCGCUGUUCCUUAGUGGGGUCCUGUUCGAGAGGUAAGAGGAGGUGUCUGAGAGUUGACGCUGGACCUCUGUUAGGUAGAGAUCAGAACAGCACCUCCCUUAUCUGCGGGUUUGAUGGUGAGUUUAAAUUAGUGCGGACAGAAUGGCGAGCACAGCGUUUGGAAGGAGUGAAGUUGGAACAGGACUGCAGCAGGCCAAUGGGAGGGUGCUUCCUGUCGUAACCAGGGGCAACGCGCACCCUCUGACCCGGUAGUGCUUGUUGACGGCCGGAGGUGGCAAGAUGGUGCUGACGGGCAAGUACUGAGCGGAGGUCGGCCGCAGGAGAGGCGGAGCCCGGCCAUCAAUCGUCGACAUGUCGUUGGAAGAUCCCUUCUUCGUUGUGAAAGGUGAAGUGCAAAAGGCAGUGAAUACAUCCCAAGGAUUGUACCAACGAUGGACUGAACUCCUUACUGAUCCCUCUUCAGCCAGCAAGGAAGAGUGUGACUGGACAACCAAUGAGCUGAGGAACAGUCUUCGUAGUAUUGAGUGGGACUUGGAAGAUCUUGAUGAGACUAUUAGCAUCGUGGAGACAAACCCUCGCAAGUUUAACCUCAAUCCAGCAGAAUUGAGUAAAAGGAAAGCGUUCAUUACCAGUACAAAACAAAUUGUAAAGGAAAUGAAAGAUCACAUGUCCAGUUCUUCGAUGCAAGCAUUAGUGGAACAGAGAAGCCGACAGGCACUGCUAAGCGCUAGGGGAAGCCAGAGACCAAGCUCCACUUCAGACAAAUACAGCCGACUCGAUCAAGAACUGCAAGCAGUGAAUUCUCAGUUCAUUGAGGACCAAAACAUGCAACAGCAGUUGAUCGUGGAGCAGCAGGAUGAUCAGCUGGAGCUGGUUUCAGGCAGCAUCGGAGUUUUGAAGAACAUGUCGCAGAAGAUCGGCCAUGAGUUGGAUGAGCAAGCAGUUAUGCUUGACGAGUUCUCCUAUGAGUUGGAUAGCACACAGUCACGGAUGGAUAAUGUAAUGAAGAAGCUGGCCAAAGUGUCCCACAUGACCAGUGAUCGACGGCAAUGGUGUGGAAUCAUCGUUCUACUAAUCAUCUUGGUUGUGGUGCUGAUACUGUUAUUUACUCUCUGACCUGAACUGUUUGUGCAAGGGAUAAAUAGAGGAAGAAGCAGUGGUAAGAGGGAGGACAGCAGAACCUGCCACUCUCUGGUGCUACUGUCUAGGCUGACCAGACCCUGGGCCUUUGGUUGCUGAGUAUGAAAAGUUUGUGCACCCCACCCAUCUUCACUGCAAUCACUGUUAUUUUUUUACCUGCAGGGUCACUGCUGAAUGUCUCGAUUUAAAUUGUCCAUUCACAAAAAUGCUGAGAGAUUUACCCAAGGUCAUGUGAACAUUGGAAGUAUAGGGUUGCACCCAGCGUUGUUCCCCACAGGAUAGAAGAAUAUUGUUUUCCAUGGAUUUGGGAAAGAGGGUUUUAGAGGCUUUGGCUUCCUAGUAAGUUUAUAUUACUCCUAGAAGUAGUGCCCUUGAUGGUUUGAGUGUGUACAGAAGGCUGGUGGGUACACUGCUGGCCAAGCAGACCACAAGACCCCAGUUUUAAGUAUUGGUUUAUGCAGAGUCAGCUAAUUAUAAUUGGUCACAGAAGUAGUAGAAUUAAAAUCAGACUCCUGCUAUUUGCCGUACUAUGUGCAGAUCAGAGGUAUGGCUAGAAUUGUGCUAGGCUGCGGUGCUUUCAAUAAUUAAACAACUUGUGUAGACAACAGCAGUUAUUGAAAGCUAUAAUCACUGCUAUCUCUGAUUUCCACAACCCUUUCAACAGAGGAGAGAGGAAUCUGUGAUUAGGUUUAGAUCAUGAAUGACCAUAUCCAGAUAUUUUGUGAGAAUUCACAAUGCAGAAACUCCUAGCAUUAAUUAUUCCUCUUGGGAAAUGGUUACUCAAGUGUUAUGCAGGAACAAAAUAUGUGAUGGGGUCACAGGUAGACAUUAAAGUGUUGGACUAGUAUAGUGCAGACCAUUAGCCUCAUGUAUCAGAAAUGAAGAAUCUGGAACUGUCUGCAACAAUCUCAUGUUUCUGUUGUGGCUGACCCACGUCUGCUUGUCUAACAGGCUGGGUAAUGAGUUCACAAAUGUGAAACUGCCAUGGGCUUGGAAAAUGCUAUUCACAGGUGGUAUUAAAUUUAUUUCUUGACCUCAAGUUUCUGUGCAUUGUAGCAUUUCUCUGCACUGGCAUGUGACUGUGUUCAAAUGUACUCUACCACCCCUAUACAUUUGAAUAGCAACAGAAAUCCCACAGUACUUGCUUUUUUUUAAACAUGAUAGAUGGAAUGAAGUGAGGGGCUAGAGUAUGGGGUUUGAGGUGGAAGGGGUGAAGUCAUCCCCAGGUAGAAUAUUCUAUACUCAGAGAAAUUCAGGUAAAUACAGUAUUAAUUUUCAGUUAGUUGGUAACUGUUUUCUUGUCCUUCCUCAUCCUGCCAUAAAACCAUCUUUCCUGCAAGUUCAAACAGACCAUAUAUGCCUCUGUUAUUUCUCAGUCCACUUCUUUAAAUGACGGAUGAAAGUUCAAGGUAAACUAGAUGCUCUGAGGUUGUCACCAUCAAGUUGUUCAUACUGUUUUUAUCUCCGUGGCACAUACACAUCAUACCUUUGAUUAGCACUGACUACUCUGCAGUCUUUUCUCCAAACAAAGCUGGUGUCUUUUGGCCAUCACACAGUUCCAGAGUCUCCUUUCUUACCAUAGGAGAGAGCCAAAGGUAACAGUUACACUGCCAGUAAAUGACACAUAAAAGAACUUAUCAGAACCAGUUAGGUCCAUAGGCCUCCCUUUCUCUCUCCCAAAACAAUUUGUACAAAAAGGCUGAACAGCACCCCCCCCCCCCCCCGUAAACCCUUUGCAUAGCUGAACUGCUGCAGGUUAGGCAGUGUUGGUGUUAGAACAGCUGACAUUUGCUUGUGCCCUGAUACUUUGUGGGAAAGAGAGCCAGACAGGCUGCCAACUGCAGUACAGCAGGUGUGAAUGUACCUGGUUUUAUCUGUAAACCCAGUGGGACUGGGCUCACCCUGCACAUAAUCACAAGCUGAGUAGCCACAGUAAACAGGGCGAUAUUUGAAAUUAGAGGGUGAACAGAAGAUAAAUAAUCUGAAGGGGAGUUAUAUUUAGUUAAAUCAUUGAAGGACUUGAUAGGAGGACACAGGCUGGAAAUGCUUGUACACAUGGUCAUAGCUACAAAGGGUACACAACCAUUUUGGAUUUCAGUACUUCACACCACUGACCAGACAUUUUCAUUGCUGAGUUGUUCGGUUAAAGUCACUGUUGAGGAAGACUAGAGACACACCCUGGCCUCAACAGUUUGAAGUGGUUGAAAAUGCCAUAACUGGUAUUGGUAAAGAGCUGUGACGUAAUGUGGGUGGAUGGUAAAGAAAUGCUCAAUAACCAUUGUCUAAUUGAACACUGGAAUUGACUCAAAGGCCUAACAGGCUCCUGCUGUUAAUUAUUUUUGUAAAACCCAAGAACCAAAUUAAAUAUUUUAAUUUUUUCAAUACAGUACCAGCAUGAGAUAUACACAGAUGAUUUUAAAAGAAAGACUUUAAGGUGGUUAUAUGAUAACAGAAAUAUUUAAAUCAUAAAUAUUUUGUUGUUCUAAACUGGCCAGUGUGACGUUAAGAUGUUCCAGAUAUCUUUGGGUGAAAUGUUCAUAUCAGACUAUUGUACUUGUGGCUUGAUGUUAUCUUGCAGAAUCUCACAGUUCAGGCAUUGAUGAAAGCUUCACAGAAAUGAAGCACUGACCACUAACACCCAACUUCCAUAAAAUCCAAACACCUGUUGGAGUUGUGGUUGCUCAGUUUGACAAUGAGGAGGCAACAUCUGCACUUUGCAUGAAAGGAAUUUGACAGAAUAGAUUGCCAUCAGUCAUUCUAAUGUGUGGGCUUUAGGUCUGAUCAAUACUUACCCUCAACCAGCUGCUUUCCUUGGGAGGUCUACUAACAAUUCUCAAAUCAACAUCAUACAUUAGGGUUUGACUAAUUUGUCAAAUUGGCCUUCUCUGCUGCAUUAGUGUCAGGUGUUGCUUACUGGCAAAGCCAUGCAUUCGAAUUCCAGUCCAGAGCCCUGAAACCAGUGCAGUACCUGGGGAGGGCUAUGCUUUCCACAAGCCACCACCUUUCAGAUGAAACGUCCAACUGAGGUCUUAUCAGUUCUUUUGGAUGGAUAGAAAAUAAAAGAUCCCACUGCGCUAUCCUAAAGAACAGAGCAGAAAUAAAUCAUGGUAGUUUGGCCAGUUUUAUUCCUUCAUGUGCAUUGGGAAAACCCAGUUCUCUGGUUAAUGUUAGAUUGCUGUUUGGGAUCUUGGUGUGCACACAUUGCAUGUCAUACUUCCUACAUUACAGCAGCAAUUGCAGUUGAAAAGUAUCUAAUUGACCAUAAAGUGUUUGGAUUGUUUUUAAGUUGGUGAAAGGUGCUAUAUAAGUGCAAAUCUUUACAAGAUUACUGUGUGUCUUUUUUCAUAUAAACAAUGAUGUGAUUUACAAAUAAAUGAUGCAUGAUAAUA